UAUAACAAAAAUAAGGUUGGUGUAAGGGGCGAGGAAAUGCAAUGAAUAGUUGUGGUGAUCAUAAAACACCAAAACAUGUAUGUGUGUGAAGUCCUUGUGAGGGUAUAUAAAUGAUAAAAACUCUCUGGUGUGUCUCCAUUUGUGCGUGUUGCUUUGAUUUCAUUGAUGUUUGUCUCACCCCUUCUCUCCCUCUCCGGUUUCUCUCCCCUUUUCCCUCCUUGUGAAGCCCUGACAGGCGCAGCAGCCACAGCCAGGACCUUCACUGUGCUCGUGCACGUGUCGUGCACACCGUCACCUACCACAUUCCCAUUCUGCUGCAGGUGCUGUCGCAGGCCUUGGCCCCGCCCACAGGGCAAACUCAAUUCAAGCAGAAAGUGUUCAGUCAGUGUCUGUCAGUUUGUCAGGAGCAGCGGGAGGACUAAGAGGCAACGUGAACAGGGACUGGGAUUAGAGGAGAAUCCCGGACCAGAAGAACUUUGGAGGUUCGCUGUUUGGAGUAAGGAGCUGACCUUUGACCUCGAGCAGCUGCAAAGACGCACGGAACAGGAGCUUGACAACAUACAGUCACAACUCCUACACAUCCAAGAUCACCAGCAGGUGUUAAGAUCUGAGCUUCUUAAACUUCAUCAGAAGAAGAAGGAGACUGAGGAGCAACUGAAGGGAGCAUUUAACGUCCAGAAAACCACAUUCCAGUUGUGUGCUCAUCAGGAGCUUCAGGCCCUCAUUACUGAGCGUUUGGUCCAGUCAGAGGGACUGGUCUUCCAGGAGGAGGCACUGUGCACCCUCCAUCAUCUGUUAACCCAAGACCUAAGGCGGUACCAGAAGGAGACACAGAGACUGACCCAAUUCACAGAGAAAAUACAGCAACACUCCUACAGCUCGGAGGUAGAGCAAAACGUCAUUUACAGAGGUGGUGACUGCAGCGUGCAGAGAAAGAGUGAAACGGAACAGCACAACAACAUGACAACAAGCAAAGAAGAUCUGACCUGGAAAGCCCUUUAUAAGAUCCCGUCUCCACGCGUGAUCUAUAGGUCAAAUCUGCGUAGAUGUGGAAGUGUGAAAGACCUCAUUUAUAAAUUCUCUGGUCCAGAUUCUGUCUCAGCUUACGGUACUCUACAAAGACCUUCUUCUGGCCUGGCACAGUCUACGAAGUGGGCAUCCACAGAGGCUGUAAAUUCUAAUUCUAAACCAUUGAGCAACAUUGAAAGUCCAGUGCCGAGCAUCACUGUGACGCCCCCACUAAAAGAAGAGUUCCAGUCCAUUGACAGAAGCUUGAAAACCACUCAGAUCACUGCAAGGAUUGAUUGUCCAGUAGAAGGCGAUCUUGAGAAGAUUGUUUCACCAGCAAAAAGUAAAACACAGGCCACAGACUGUGGUGGAGACUCCAUGGCGGACUCUGGCAUGGGAUCGGAGUCUGAAUUGGAUAAGCAACCUGACAGUCCAACACUGGAAGAACCUUCAACACCCAGAGUCCUGUCCAUCAACCAGAACCCAAAAUAUCAGCUGUUCCUCAGCAAUGAGCUGAGGACCAACGGAGUGAGUAGCAACAGGGAGGCAGAGGCCCCGGUAGUCAGUGCACCCAUGGCAGAGAAUGGCCCCAAGAUGUCCCGGUGGGAUAACACUAGACUGGGGCCAAAUCACUACAAAGGAUCUCUGGAGUCUCUGACCUCAAGGGACUGGGACACAACAUCUGACAGGCUGGGUGUUGUCGACAGCCCUCCCAGAGCUUUUAACAGUCCCUACAUAACAACUGCCUCCAUGGAGUACAACCCCAUGCAUCGAAUGUCAGAGUUCAAGGUCCAGGGUGGACUCUCUCCUGCCACUUCAGAAAUGAACCUCUACAGUAUGAACUACCGCAGCACUAGUCCAGUGGGCGUGGCAGCCACAGCCAAUCUUGUUGCUCCUCGUACCAGAUUCUCCACCUAUGACACUCUGAGGAGAAGACCAGAGGUCAACACGCAGCUCAACCCUGCGGUAUCCACUCACUACAGUAUGCGUUCUGCCACCCUGGGGGCCCCCAAUAAAAAGGACUACAUUGAGGAACUGACCAAACAGCUGGACUCCUGUCAGAAGAGAAACCAAUUCCUGGAGGCAGAGAGCGUGGAGAUGGAGAAGGAGAGGAACCAGAUCAGGUUUGAGAUGCGUGCUCUGCUGGUCAACAACGAGGAUCUUCUGAGAACCAACACUCAGCUGAGCAACGAGAUGAAGAGGAUGAGGGAACAGAUGCUGGAGAUAGAGAGAGAGAACCAGUCUUUGGCAGAGAAGUACAGAGAGAUGGAGAUCGAGGUGAGAGAGGCACGGGACAUCAUGGUCGAGGCCAACACUCAGGAAUAUGCCUUCAACUUCCUGCAGCAGUCGCUGAAAAACAAGAUCCAAGACGCAGAGGACAACCUGGAUAAACAAACCCUGCACGCUCAGAAUCUGGCUGAAAAACUGUGGCUAACAGAGAGACAACUGGAGGAGCUGGAAGUUGACAAAGACACCAAGGAUAAGAAGACAUCUGAGCUCAACGCCACCAUCUUUAGGAUGGAAACUGAGCUGAGUGAGGCUCUGCAGGUGUCCACUCAGGCCACAGCAGAGAUAAACCUACAGAAGAAGCUGCGAGAGGAUGCACAGUUGAGGGUGGAGGAGCUAGAGGAGUCUCUGCUGGAAAAAGACCAGGAGCUGCAGAGACACCAGGUCCUCGUCAGCCGGCUGCAGGGAGAGGUCUCUGGUAAGCUUAUUGACAAGGAGCGCACCCUGGAGGAAGAGAUUCAGCUGAGAGAAAGGUUACAGCUGCAGUGUAAGCAGGCGGAGAGGACGGUGGAAGACCUGCACAUGGAGCUGCAGGCAACCAACCAGUCCAAGGACGACCUGUCCAAACAGCUCAAAGUGGCUCAGGAGAAGAUGAUUGACCUGGAAAGUGAUCUGGAGGAGCUACAUGAAAGUGAGCAGAGAUGGGCUGCCAAACAUAAGAGGACGAUUGAACAGACGGAGCAGCUGCAGCUCAAGCUGAUUCAGGAGAAAGAUCUCAACGAUCAGCUGGAAAUUGAGAAAUCCUCCAUGGAGAGACAGUUGCGGGAGAUGCGUCUGGAGUUGGAGGAGAUGCACAGCUCCAGAGUUCAGGAGGACGUGAUCUCCAAGGCAGAGAGCCGAGUCAAAGAGCUGGAAAACUUCCUGAGGACGGAGGAGAGAAACAAAGCUGUUCUGACAAGCACCAUUAGUAAACUGGAGAGAAGGAUCAACGAGCUGAGUGAUCAGAUGGAGGAUGAACACAGGAUAGCCAAUGAGCAGAAGGAUCUGAUGAACCAGAGGAUCCGCUCCCUGAAGCGCCAGCUGAACGAGGUGGAGGAGGAGGCGAGCAGGAAGGACGCGCAGUACCGCCACACCCAGAGGGAGCUCACCGACGAGAGGGAGACAAACAGCCGACUGCAGAAACAACUGCUGGACCAACACCUUCAGACAAAACGUAAGGAAGCUCUGACUAUUCGUCAAACCCUGGACAACCUGAGGUUUGACUUGAGCGUCGAUGACGAGGACGAAGGACAGCAGCAGGUGUCCUCGGCCGUUGAACCAUCACAAGAACAGGCAGAAACCAUGACCAACGUCUGAAACAAAAGAACUUUGUAGGUAACCUGUAACCAGUCUCCCUGGAACUAUUUAAUUUUUUUUUUUUAUUCUUUAAACUAUUACCCAGACCUUUUAGGUGCCACCCCCUCCUGGUGGCUUUAGAGAACUGCCCCAAUUCCAAUUCAUUUUUGUCUUCAUUUAAAUUGAUGUUGUUAUCCUUUGCUUAUGACCACUAGGAGGCGACAAAAGUGCCACUCAUGAAAUCAACAUAGACUUUAUUCAUUUUGAACCAGAGUACAGUAUUGAUGAUGUAGACAACCUAAGGUGUUUUCAGCUGUUGUACCGCCACAAGAACUGGUAAGAGAACAUCCCUAAUCAAAAGAACUAUUUACAUAACGUUUUGUUAUUUCUUAUUUGUAUAUUUCUGAUGUUAUGUCUUAAAUAAUGAGUUUAUUAAACAUUGGAAUUAAACAAAGCUCUGAUCACCCGAACCUUUCAGUGAUCACCUGGUGGCUAUUGGGAACUGCCUUUACUCCACUACCACUAAAAUGAAUCCAAAACAGUUCAGUAGAGGACAACUGGAUCUUAAAGGGGUUUCACCUCUUCAUCCAUGAGUGUUGUUCAGUUCUAACUGACCUAUGGAAAAUUCUGGUAUUUAUCCUUGGAGUUACUGAGUGGGUUGUUAUAGUAACUCUGAGGAUAAAGACCAGGGUUUUCCAUCAGUCUGUUAGAACUAAAGAAGACUCUUGGAUGAAAAGGUGAGAUAUCUUCAAGAAACCAGGACAGUCCAGUUGCCCUUUAUUUAACUGAUAUGGAUAAGAACCUACACGUCUCCACUAAAAGUUUGCAUUAAGCCACCAGGGGGAGUAAGAGGGUUCUAAUUAUACCGCAUAAUGGAUAACAAUUGGAAAAAAAAAAUGUAUUCUUGGUUUUUUGUUUUUUUUAGCAGAUAUGUGCUCCACCUCUGUAGCAUUAACCUUUAUCACAGGAGCUUUAACGUCAGGGAUUUAGUUUUUAUACACACACACAUAUAUAUAUAAAUAGAUAUAAAUAUAUAGAUUUUAGAUUUUUAUAAGGUUAGCUUAGCUCAACUGUAUCUGCAGUAUUCAGACAUAUUUUACACAGGCACAUGUAUCGCAAGAAUGAGGACACUGGAUUGUGAUUGUGUUAUUGAUUCUCACACAGUAAUAAUUAAGAUAUUAUUUAUGUCAUAUAUGUUUUUUAUUGUGCCUUGUGUUCUUUUGUUCUGUUCUCUUUUGAUAAACUCUCUAAAUUUAAGGGGCAGGAGGAGAAGAUAUUGGAGCAACAUAUUCUGUUAAUGGUUUAAGGUUUUGCUGCUGCAUCACAGACUUCACAUUUAAGGGAUCAAUGGUGUUGAGAAGCACAAAAACAGGGAGGGAUGAAAAUCAAGUCCUGAGUUGAACUUGACCUGAAGCUUGACUCCCAGCUGUUUAGCCAUGUAAGGUAAAUCAGAAAAACUACGGUUCUAAACUCUGUAACCACUGGUUUGAAAUGUUUAACACCUCGUUUCUAUGUUGGUUUUUUUUUUUUUCUGCACCUGGAAUCUUGAGUGUUUGAAAUGCAAAUGAUGAUAUUAAACAUUCAAAGUAUUUUUGUCAUCAGUAAGGUAAAGAAAAAUUGCCUGCAAAGACUGCCAAAUGAUUAAAGCCAUAGAAGUAAAACAAAGUUUUAAAAAAAAUAAUAGUAAUAAUAAUAAGCCAACAAACGCAGUAUGUCUGUAACUGCUAAUGUUUGUGCUAUCGUACACCUGUUUAAAUACACUAUAUUUAAAUCACUCAAGGUUUAACAUGGAGGAGAAACAAAGGAGCAAUUUACCCUUUAAGCCUUAAAACCACAGACUCUAGAAAAAUCCGACUGUAGAGGUGGAUUCAUCUUUUUUUUUAAUAAUCUUUACAGCAAUAAUCUGAAUCGCUUUGUGUCUCCUGGGAAAAAAAACAAAGUGAAUGGUUUUUAAAGUUUACAUGUAUUGUUUUUUUUGUCUUUGGAGUGUGAUUCACAGUUUUCAUAUUACAGUUGUUGGGAUUUUAAUUACAUAAUAUUACUACAUUAAUGUCAACUCUUUUUUUUUUUGUUCUCACAGGCCAUGGCUGCAUUAUUAUGUAAAAACAAACAAUGACUUAUUUUUGUAACUACAUCUUUCUGGUUCUAAUGUUCUUGGGUAUUUAUUUCCAUUCUUUCCCCCCAGAUUCUCUCUUUUGGUGAGAAGUUUCCUAAUACAACAUGAAAAUAAAAUGUACACUGUGA